AUGGCUGCCACGGAGAAGACGUCACUGCUACCGAAGUCAGGCUUCGGUCCGACCGAGAAGCAGGGCGACAGGUUCCGGACCAGCAGCCGUAAGAGCGGCAUUCGCCGACAUGUGACGACGCUGGUAGCAACGGCAUCGGCGCUGGCGCUGCUGUGGACGGCCAGAUCAGCAGUGCCGGUGCCGCAGUCGCUGUCCGGAGCCCUAAGGCUGUCGUCGGCGAUGGCAUCAGGCGGCAUCACGCCUGGCGAGCUCAAGGAGAUCUUGCUGACGACGCCGUCCAACGACUCGGCGGCCGAGUGGCUGCGCUACUACACGGCUGGGCCACACAUGGCGGGACAGAACUACUCGCAGGCUACCUGGACUCGCGAUCGGUGGACAGAAUGGGGAGCCAAGUCGCACAUCACGGCGUACGACCUGUAUCUCAACCGGCCGGUGGAGCACGCGUUGAGCCUGCUGCGGCCCAAGGCGACAGAGCCGGGGGAGUGGGACGUGACGUUUGAGGCGUCGCUGGAGGAAGACGUGCUGGAGGCAGACCCGACGACGGGGCUGGCCGACGGGGUGCCAACCUUCCACGGCUACUCGGCGAGCGGCAACGUGACGGGGCCGCUGGUGUACGUCAACUACGGCACAUACGAGGACUACGCGGACCUGCAGCGGGCCAACAUCAGCCUGGAGGGCGCGAUCGCGAUUGCACGAUACGGCGGCAUCUUCCGCGGACUCAAGGUGAAGCGGGCGCAGGAUCUGGGGGCGGUGGGUGUGCUGCUGUACAGCGACCCGGGCGACGACGGCGAGAUCACGGAAGAAAAUGGCUAUGCGGCGUACCCGGACGGUCCAGCACGGCAGCCGAGUAGCGUGCAGCGCGGCAGCGUGCAGUUUCUCAGCGUGGCGCCGGGCGAUCCGACGACGCCAGGCUACCCGUCGAAGCCGGGAGUGCCGCGAGGACCGACAGACAAAUACAUCCCAUCGAUCCCUUCGCUGCCGAUAUCCUAUGUGGACGCAGUGCCGCUGCUGCAGGCGCUCAACGGCCACGGCCCGUCGGCCAAGCAGCUGGGUCAAUGGUGGGACCGGAAGCUGGGACUGCACAACCACGGGGUGGACUACAACGUGGGCCCGACGCCGGCAACCGAGGCGCUGGUGCACCUGUACAGCGCGCAGGCAUACACGACGACGCCGAUCUGGGACGUGGUCGGAGUGAUCAACGGGUCGGCGCUGCCGAACGAGGUAGUCGUGGUGGGCAACCACCGAGACGCGUGGAUAAUCGGUGGAGCUGCAGACCCGAACUCGGGAUCGGCCGUGCUGAACGAGGUGGUGCGGGCGUUUGGUGAAGCGACGGCACGCGGCUGGCAGCCGCUGCGCACGAUUGUGUUUGCGUCGUGGGACGGCGAGGAGUAUGGGUUGCUGGGCAGCACGGAAUGGGUCGAGGAGUAUCUGCCGUGGCUGUCAGCGACGAGCCUGGCGUACGUCAACAUUGACGUGGGUGUCAGCGGGACAGAGUUCUCCGCGAGCGCCGUGCCGCUGCUGCAUGACCUCUUGCACGUGGUUGCCGGCGAGGUUGCAUCGCCGAACCAGACAGUGGUCGGCCAGACCAUCGCCGACACGUGGAGCGGCCAUAUCGGGCCUCUCGGCAGCGGCAGCGACUACACUGCCUUCCUCGACCACGCCGGUAUCGCCAGCCUCGACGUCGGGUUUGGCGGCGGCCCUGGUUCGCCCGUCUACCAUUACCACAGCAACUACGACAGCUACCAUUGGAUGGCCACGUACUGUGACCCCGGCUUCGUCUACCAUGCGGCCAUGGCCCGGUUGUUCGGCCUGCUGGUCGCCCGUCUGGCCGACGACGCCGUCGUGCCCUUCCGCGCCGCCGACUACGCCGCCCAGCUGCUCGUCUACGUCGCCAAGAUCCGCACGCAGCUGGCCCACCACGACAACAGCACCGCAGCCGUCUGGACUGGCCUCGCGGAGGACGAGCAGGAGACAUCACAGGGCGGCUAUCGGGGUAGCCACCAAGUGGACGAGCAGGUGGCUGCACGAGGCGUUAAUCGGGCUGGCCAUCAGGAGGACAUUGACGUUCAGACCACCAAGAAGCACUUUGCCCACGCGCUCGACCGGCUCGAGGCCGCCGUGGCCGAUCUGGCUGCUCCGGCCGAUAAGCUCGACGACAAGGCCGACUCGCUGCGUGCAGCUCUCGAGGCGAUUUCCGAGACGACAGGCUGGCUGGACGGCCUGCUCGCACAUCUGCACCGCAUCUGGCUCGCUUUCCAGGUGGCCGUGGUCAACCACAAGUACCAGCGGCUCGAGCGGCAGUUUCUCUACGACGGCGGGCUUGAUGGCCGCGACUGGUUCAAGCACGUCGUUUACGCGCCCGGCCUGUGGACCGGCUAUGCCGGAGCCGUCUUCCCCGGACUCGUCGAGAAUAUCGACGCCGGCAACUGGACGAAUGCGAUCCGGUGGGCCGACAUCAUCGAGAGCCGCGUGCGUCUGGCAGCAAAGGUGCUGUAA